AUGGUCAACAACCAUGUGCAGGUCAAGGACAACGACCGAAACAUCCAGCUGUGGACGACGCUGCAGGAUCUGCUGCAGUCAAACAUAUCGCAGAGGAUGACUGUCAUGGGCCAAGCGCACGCCCUGCGCAUGCGAAGGCAGCGUGAGGUGCACGAGCGCCAAGGCAUCAUGAGGCAGGCCUCGCUGGAGAAAGAGAUCCAGGAUCUACGGAGCCGCCUGCAUGCCAGGAAGAAGUACCUCCAGGACGCGAAGGCGAAGCACGAGAUGACUGGGCUGCGGCAGGAAGUCUACGAAGCCAGGCUGCUCCUCUUCGAGCUCCGCGCGCGGGCGGGGGAAGUGUCGGAAACGGGUGGGCCGGCAGUCAGGGAAGCGCUGCGCAAGCUCUGGGAGACGGGCGACGUGUCCCAUGCGCCAGAGACAGGACUGAUCCCUCUGUUGGCAAAGCAGCUGCAGAUUCAGAGGCAGUGGCUACUGGAUCGAGGCCAGCGCUUUGCCUUGAGUGCCCGGCGGCUCCUGCCCAGAGGAAAGCGCUCGCUCGCGACUCCGCUGUCUUUGCUGCAGCUGGCCUCGGAUAUCAUGCAGCAGCGCGAGCUGGAUGCCAGCGAGAUGUCCCGGGAGAAGCUGACGAAGAUCUUCCGGUCGGAGCUUACACGCCAGCGCACUGAGGUCCUGAGCCUCGUCAUGGAUAUGCAGCAGGGCCAGCUGAACAUCAGCGGCCUCAUGGGCUCCGACGACGACGUGCACGUGGCCCUUCAGGAAUCCCUCCGCUCUCUGGAGGCAACCAGGCGAUCCCAGGAAUCGCUGAUGGAGAGCUGGACGCGGCUGUCAAGCCACUCAGAGGCCUCCACGAAUCUCACCUGGGUGCAGUCCGAGCUAAGCGACAAGCUUGAGGACCUGCAGAAAGGCUUGACGCUGGCAGAGACGACAACCCGAUGGCUGCAAGCGCCAGCGCAGAACAAUUCCUUGCUCCUUGCAGACCUGACCAGUCGAGAGGAGAUGCGCUGGCUCACCGACCUGACAUGGAAGCUGGGUGAGCGGUGUGGGCGGCUGCGGGCCGGUGCGAGGCUGGUGGAAGAGGCCCAACACAGCGGUGAGUCCGAGGGUGCAUACCACGCCGUCGGGGGCUUGCUGAUGGGCCUGCCCACCGUCGUGGAUGAGGACCUGGUGGCAGUCAGCCAGACAUGGACCAAGCGUGUUCAGCUAAAUCUCGAGAAGCGGAGGAAGCUUCAUGGCGAUGUGACCUCUGCGUGA